AUGGAUGACCAGAAGGACACUGACAAGGACAAUCAAGAUGACGAGAAAGAGAAUAAUCACGACGACGAUGAGAUGGGAGAUAUUGAGAAUGAUGAGGGUUCUUCCGAUUCGUUUAUCGAUGAAUCCGACGACACAGACGGCGAAGUUUCCCAACCCGAGGAACCUUUGACGGAGCAAGAAACGGAAGAGCUAAUCAAUGAGCUCAUUGAAGUGGAGAGUAAGGCUGCUGAAGCCCAAGAGGCAUUGGAGCAGGAGUCUUUGGCGAAAGUGGAGGCUGAAGUUAGAGAAGAAUUGCAGCAAACUCUUGAUGGAGAUGAUUUGGAGAAAGCUGUAGCUGAGGAAAUGCAGACUUUGAAGGAAGAUUGGGAAAAUGUCCUCGACGAGCUUGAGACAGAAAGUUCUUAUCUACUGGAACAACUUGAUGGUGCCGGUAUCGAACUCUCAAAAUUGUAUAAAUGGAUCGAAAGUCAGGUUCCUCUUGGUUGCUCCACGGAAGCGUGGAAAAUGAGAACCCAUUGGGUUGGAUCUCAACUCAACACCGAAGGUACCAAUUGGAUUGCUGAGGCUGAUAAGUAUCUUCAGACCCACAGACCUGUCAGAAAACACCAUGGAAAAGUAUUGGAGGAGGGUGCCAGUGGUUUUCUGGAAAGAAAACUUGCUGUAAAUGCUGGUCAUGUAGCUGCUACUGAUAAUUUACAUGUUGACUGGUAUUCCUUCAACCAACUUUGCUCUGAUAAAUCUUCUUUGGAGGGAAAAUCAUUUGGGAGCAAGGAGUGGGCUUCUGUUUACUUGGCCGAGACCCCGCAGCAAGCUGCUGAGUUGGGCAUUAAAUUCCCUGGAGUUGACGAGGUUGAGGAGAUUGGUGACAUUGAGAGCAGCUCUGUUCCAGAUGCAAUAGCCAUUGAAGGAGAUUCAAGCCUCACAGAAGAACAAAAAAGAAAAUUUAGGAAGGUGAAGGAGGAAGAUGAUACAAACAUAAUUAGGAAGCUUCAAAAUAAAUUAAAGCGAAGGAGGCAGAUAAAGAAAAGCCAAAAGGAAACUCUUCAGACUGAAAAUUACUCUGAAGUGCUAAGUUUGGACUGUAUUGCAAAUCCAGAAAACCUGGAUUGCGGUGGCGGGGAUACAUUGUUGGUUGCUCAAUCAGCUUCUCCGAGUUUUAUUGACUCUGGGGACAAAAAAUUUUCUGAUGAUCGUAAUCAACUUGAUUGUGAGAAUCUCAUUACCAGAUCUCCUUUGAGACUUAAUGGAAGUGCGAUGAUGGAUGUGGAAACUGAAGAAAAUAUCUUGUCUUCCGAGGUUCCCCUCCAGAAGAUUGAGACAAAAGAAUUCCACUGUACUGCAUGUGAUAAAUUAUCUAGGCAACCCUGCUUGCAUCCUCUUAUGAAAGUAAUUAUAUGCCUGGAUUGCAAAAAAGUUUUGGAAUCAAAGAUGGCGGUGAAGGACAUCGACUGCUCCGAGUGCUACUGUGGAUGGUGCGGCCAGAACAGUAACUUGAGAAGCUGUAAAUCGUGUCGAACCUUUUUCUGUACUAGUUGCAUAAAGAGGAACCUUGGAGAAAACUUCUUGUCGCAAAUCCAGAAAUUUGGCUGGCAGUGUUGCUGUUGCUCUCCAAGUGUGCUGCGAGAUUUGAUUUCAGAAGCUGAAAAAGUAACUGAAUCUGGUGUUCUGAUUUAUUCCAGUUCAGACACCGAUUCAGAUGAUUCCGAUUCAAAUGCUGUUAUAGAUGUCAGUACCAGGAGAAGACGUAAAAAGAAGAUUCGGAGAAUACUUGAUGACACUGAAUUAGGGGAAGAGACUAAAAGGAAAAUUGCGAUUGAAAAGGAACGCCAAGAACGUCUCAAGUCACUGGAGGCUCAAUUUGCAAAGAAGUCUUCCAUGGCAAGUUCUGCAAGCUGUACUUGGCACUUGUUAGAUGGUGGCAGUAAUGACAUGCUAGGUGAUACUGUAACGGGCUACAUAGUUAAUGUUGUCAGAGAUGAAGGUGAAGAUCCUGUCAGAAUCCCGCCCAGCAUCUCUGAUAAACUGAAGUCUCACCAGAUUGCCGGGGUUCGUUUCAUGUGGCAGAAUGUCAUAGAAUCUGUGAAACGAGUUAAGUCUGGAGAUAAGGGCCUUGGUUGUAUAUUAGCUCAUACAAUGGGUUUGGGUAAAACACUCCAGGUUAUUGCUUUCCUGUACGCUGUAAUGCAAAAUGCUGAUUUGGGGUUGCGAACUGUGCUCAUUGUGACUCCUGUAAGUGUCCAGCACAAUUGGCGCAAUGAGUUUAACAAAUGGAAACCAUUAGAAGUGAAGCCUCUUCGUGUCUUCAUGCUGGACGAUGUUCCUAGGGAAAGAAGAGCGGAGUGGCUUUUGAAAUGGAGAUCAAAAGGUGGUGUUUUCUUGAUUAGUUACGCUGCUUUUAGAAGUUUGUCGCUUGGGAAGAGUGUUAAAGAUCGUGAAGCAGCAAGGCAAAUUUGUACUACUCUUCAGGAUGGACCAGAUAUACUUGUUUGUGAUGAGGCCCACAUAAUCAAGAAUACUAGGGCUGACGUAACUCAGGCCUUGAAACAAGUCAAAUGCCAAAGAAGGAUUGCAUUGACUGGAUCACCUCUUCAGAACAAUCUAAUGGAAUACUACUGUAUGGUUGAUUUUGUACGAGAAGGAUUUCUGGGUAGCCGCCAUGAAUUUAGAAAUCGUUUUCAGAAUCCCAUAGAGAAUGGUCAACUUACCAAUUCAACUGCAAGUGAUGUGAAGAUUAUGAACCACAGAUCUCAUAUUCUCUAUGAACAACUGAAGGGCUUUGUUCAGAGAAUGGACAUGACUGUUGUUAAAGAUGAUUUACCCCCCAAGACUGUUUUUGUCGUAGCUGUGAAGCUUUCACCUUUGCAGAGAAAGUUGUAUAAAAGAUUUCUUGAUGUUCAUGGUUUCACAAAGGACAAGGCUUUUAAUGAAAAGGUGAAGAGAAGAUGCUUUUUCGCUGGUUAUCAAGCCUUGGCUCAGAUAUGGAACCAUCCUGGAAUUUUACAAUUAAUGAAAGAAGGCAAAGAGUCUGUUAGAUGUGAAGAUGAUGUGGAGCAUUUAACUGGUGAAGACAGCUCAAGUGAUGAGAACAUAGAUGACAAUGUUAUUCCAGGAGAAAAGCUGGGAAACAGCUCUAUUUUUGGGGACAGAAAGAACGAUAAUGGCUUUCUUCAUGAGGAUUGGUGGAGCGAUCUACUUCAGAACAAUACCUAUGAAGAGGUUGAUUACAGUGGCAAAAUGGUUCUUCUAAUGGAUAUUCUGAAAAUGUGCUCUGAUAUGGGAGAUAAGGCAUUAGUCUUUAGUCAGAGCUUAUCAACCCUGGACUUAAUUGAGAUUUAUCUCUCAAAAUUAUCUCGCCCAGGGAAAUCUGGAAAAUGUUGGAAACGUGGAAAAGAUUGGUAUAGAUUGGAUGGAAAAACAUUGGGUUCUGAAAGGCAAAAACUGGUGGAAAAAUUCAACGACCCCUCCAAUAGAAGGGUGAAAUGCACCUUGAUAUCAACUAGAGCUGGAUCCUUGGGUAUCAAUCUUCAUUCCGCUAAUCGCGUAAUCAUAGUGGAUGGUUCCUGGAAUCCAACAUAUGAUCUUCAGGCUAUAUUUCGGGCUUGGAGAUAUGGGCAGACAAAACCUGUCUUUGCUUAUCGCUUGCUAGGUCAUGGAACAAUGGAGGAGAAAAUCUACAAGCGUCAGGUGACUAAAGAAGGACUUGCAGCAAGAGUGGUUGAUAGGCAGCAAGUAUAUCGGACUAUAUCCAAAGAGGAAAUGCUGCAUCUAUUUGACUUUGGUGAUGAUGAAAAUGCUGAUCCACUGCUUGGUUUAGUACAAGAGAAUUCAAGUGCAUCCGAUUUCAGUGUAAGCAGCAGUAUUGGAGGUUUUACAAAACAGAAAGUUCCUUCUCCUGGAAGCAUGUCUUCAGACAAAGUGAUGCAGAGCUUAAUCACCAGGCAUCAAUUAAGGUGGAUAGCAAAUUAUCAUGAACAUGAAACGCUCUUGCAAGAGAAUGAAGAGGAAAAGCUGUCAAAAGAAGAGCAGGAACAGGCUUGGGAAGUAUAUAGGAAAACAUUUCCAGUUGAGUGUGAGUGGGAAGAGGUGUCAAGAAUUUCCCCUGACGAAUCCACAUUUGAGCAACACCAGUUGAUGGAUGUCAAACCUGGAGUAAAAAGAAAAACUUCUCCUACUGAACAGCAGAAAUUACGGGGUGGGGAAAAUGCGGUUGAUUUAAAAAAGCCUUCUGUCGCCUCCAACUCUCUCCCAUCUGCUCCUGAGAAAAAGUUUGUAUAUGUCCCCGAGAGAGCCAAAGAUCGUAUAACCAUACGAAAGUGUACGAAUCUUUCGCAUUUGCUCACCCUUAGAAGUCAGGGAACAAAGAUGGGUUGCUGCACUGUUUGUGGAGAAUGUGCUCAGGAAAUUAGUUGGGAGACCCUAAACAGGACAGCAAAUAAGUGA